AUGCCUUUUGGACUCACUAAUGCUGGAGAAACUUUUCAGAGGGCUAUGGAUGUAGCUUUUUCAGAUUUGAUAGACAUUAUUAUGGUUGUCUAUCAAGAUGAUUUAACAACAUUCUCUAAGAAAGCAGAAGAGAAUUGUCUACAUCUAAAAAAGGUAUUCACCAGAGGACUGGAAUAUGGGAUCUCUCUGAAUCCCAAAAACUGUCAUUUUGUUGUAACUGAAGGUAAAUUGCUUGGACACAUUGUGUCUAAAGAUGGAGUUAGGAUUGAUCCUGAGAGGGUGGCUGCUAUUGACAAAAUACCCAUUCCUAAAACUAUAAAGGCCAUUCAAUGUUUCUUUGGCCAAAUAAACUUUUUCCAAAGGUUUAUUUCAAACUUUGCUAAGAUAGUAAAACCUAUCUCUAGAAUGUUGAAGAAGGGAGUUGUUAUUGACUAUACAAAUGAAGCUUUAGAAGCUUUUGUGGCUAUCAAGAGAGUUAUCAAGGCAGCUCCCAUUUUAAAGACACCUGACUUCAGCAAGCCUUUCCAAUCAGAGACAACAGGCAGAAGAUGCAGAUGGAUCAACAAGAUCCAGGAAUUCAACAUUGAUAUACAGAUCACCAAACUGGUCAGAGGCACGGGCUUAGCCAAACUUAUGGCGGAAGAAAACUUAGAGGUUGCCCAAAUAAAUACCUUGUUCGAUUCGAAGGAUAUCAUUUGCAGCCUGCAAAGAACUCCAUGGUACACUGAAAUCAUUCCUUUUCUCAUAGACUCUGUAUACCAAGGAGGCUUCACAGAAAGCCAAAAAAGGACCUUAAAGUUGCAAUCACAGAGGUAUGUGUUCAAAGCUAUAGAUUUAUAUUAUAGGGAGAAUGAUGGUUUCCUAUUAUUUUGUCUAGAAAAAGAGCAAGCUCAUCUUGUUUUGGCAGAAAUGCAUGAUGGGGUAUGUGGAGGACACUUCACAACAAACACUACAACUCACAAGGUUUUAAGGGCAGGAUAUUUCUGGCCCUCAUUAUUUAAAGAUGCACAUGCUUAUGUUAGGAAGUGUGAGCCUUGUCAAAAGUUUGCAGAAAAGUUAAAGUAUGAAGGUGCAUUACCUCUUAGACCAAUGCAAGUGGAAGCCCCCUUUCAUCAAUGGGGCAUUGAUUUUAUUGGAGAAAUCACAGAAAUAUCUAGUGGUGGACACAAGUGGAUAUUGGUUGCCACAUAUUACUUCACUAAAUGGGUGGAAGUUGUUCCCACGAGACAAGUAACUAUCAAGGGAAAUGGACAAGUCGAGUCCAGCAACAAGAGUAUAAUGAAGAUCAUUAAGAGAACUCUUGAGAAGAAAAAAAUGGCUUGGGACUCGAAGUUUAAAAUGGUGUUAUGGGCAGAUAGAAUCACUAUCAAGAAGGGCAUAGGAACAUCUCCUUUUGAAAUAGUGUAUAGAUCUAAAUCAAGAAUGCCAGUGAAUAACAUGAUGCCUGUGUAUAAGUUCAUCCAUGAGAAUGACCUAGAAAUGUCAGAUCCAUUGAGAGAAAGGAUGGAACAACUUGCAGAACUAGAUGGAGCCAGAAAUGAUGCCCACAAAAGGAACUUGAAGAUGCAACAAAGGAGCAAGUACUUGUUUGACAAAAGGGCAUCGAAAAGAAAAUUUAAAGUCAAUGAAUUAGUGAUGCUCUGGAAUGCCAGAGUUCAAGAUAAGGGUAAGCAUGACAAAUUUGAAGCCCUAUGGCUAGGGCCUUUUGUUAUUAUAGAAAGACAUGGUGAGGAUUCAUAUUUCCUCACAAACCUGAAUGGUGAAAUGCAGGAACUUCCCAUCCAUGGAUAG